AUGACAUCCAAUAAAGAGUUCUUGUUCAAUAUAACUCCUUUACCUGUACCUUAUCUUGUAUCUCUUCCAAAUUGUUAUAAAGUAAAAGUAACUUCCACUGAUUCAUUUGCUUUGCAUCCCUCUAUUGUUCUUCACAAUGUUCUCUAUAUUCCUUCCUUCCACCAUAAUCUCAUUUCUGUGUACAGGAUGAUACAACAAUUCAGAUGUUUUAUCCUGUUUACUUAUGAUUCUUGUAUGCUAUUACAUGGCCCUUCUCUGAAGAAGCUUUUGGAUCUUGGUAAACUGGACACUAGAUUGUACAAGCUUGUAUGGAAAAAGUCAUCAUCACAUCCUCUGUUUUAUACUGAUUCAUGUUUCCAGAAUACUGUCAACUCAGAUUCUUCUCCUAAAGUUUCUGCCUUUAAUUGUGAUUUUGUCCCUAGUUUACAUCAUAUGUGUGAUGCACCUAGUUCACUUUCUCCUCCUUAUAUUUCUGUUCCUAAUUGUGAAUCCAAUGUUAGCUUACCUAAUGUGUGCACUGUUCCUUCUUAUUGCAGUCCUUUAUUUGCAAUGUGUGUCCCAUGUCCAGACAAACAAGAUGAGACCCAUUUAAUGGGGUCCAAAAGCAAUGUCUUUCCUUUAAUAAAAAUGUUUGUCACCAUGAUUAAGACUCACUUCCACACCAUUGUUCAAACCAUCAGAAGUGAUAAUGCUCUAGAACUUGGAUCUAGUUCCUCUGCCUCCUCAGUAUUUUUUUUUUCUUCAAAAAAUGGUAUUAUCCACCAGGCUAGUUGCCCUUAUACACCUCAACAAAAUGGAGUGAUUGAGAGAAAACAUAAGACCCUCCUUGAAGCAUCUAGAGCUUUAAUGUUCCAAUCCAAAGUACCUAUGCACUUUUGGGGUGACUAUUUAUUGACAGCCACUUACAUAAUCAACAUAUUACCUUCCAAGCUUCUUCAUGAUAAGUCACCUUUUGAAAUGUUGUAUGGUAAGGCACCUAGUUACUCUCAUUUGACAAGUUUUGGCUGUUUAUGUUAUGCUACAGUUCCUAUACCAUACAGAGAUAAGUUCAAACCAAGAGCAAUUCCUUGUGUUUUCCUUGGCUAUCCUUUUGCCAAGAAAAGUUACAAGUUGUAUAACUUAGCUACCAAACAGUAUUUCAUUUCAAGGGAUGUGGUCUUUCAUGAAAUUUAUUUUCCUUUAUCUCUCCCUAAAGACUUUUCUUGUUCUACUCCUACUUCUUUUCCUGUAUCUCCCUCUCCCUGUCAUUUUUUUCAUGAUGACUCAUCCAUUCCUUCUGCUUCCUUUACUUCUUCUAUUCCACCUGUGUCAGUACCAUCUUCUUCUCUUCCUAUUCAUCCUUCGAAUCUCAUAAGGUCUACUAGGGAGCAUAAUCUUCCUGCCUAUUUGUAA